AUGAGCACACCAGGGGAUUAUGACGCCGUACGGAGGGACAUUGUCGCCCAACUGAAGAAGCCGGACUACGACGAUGGUAGCGCAGGACCUGUAUUUGUUCGACUGGCAUGGCACUCCGCAGGCACAUACGACGCAGAAUCGGAUACAGGCGGCUCCAAUGGUGCCGGCAUGCGGUACGAAGCAGAGGGUGGUGACCCAGCCAACGCCGGUCUUCAGCACGGACGGGCCUUCCUCGAACCAGUAAAGGAGAAGCACCCUUGGAUCACAUACGCGGAUCUGUGGACAUUAGCAGGCGUAGUAGCGAUCAAAGAGCUAGGCGGACCCGAAGUGGCGUGGAAGCCCGGCCGUACGGAUUUGGUCGACGACUCGAAGGUGCCACCACGUGGUCGUUUGCCCGAUGCUGCCCAGGGUGCCGAGCACCUGCGAUUCAUCUUCAACCGAAUGGGUUUCAAUGACCAAGAAAUUGUCGCAUUGGCGGGCGGACACAACAUGGGCCGCUGCCACAUGGACCGUAGUGGAUUCCACGGCCCCUGGGUGAACAACCCGACCCGUUUCUCAAACCAGUUCUACAACCUGCUCCUUAAGCUCGAGUGGACGCCUAAGACGCUGGAGAACGGUAUCCAGCAGUUUGUGUAUGUGGAUCCCGAUGCGGAGGAAGGCGAUGAGCAGCUGAUGAUGCUGCCGACCGACGUUGCGUUGAUCACCGAUCCGAAAUUCCGCGUCUGGGUGGAGAGAUAUGCCCAGGAUAAGGAACUUUUCUUUGAUCACUUCGCCAAGGUGUUUGCUAAGCUCAUUGAGCUGGGCAUCCAGCGCGACGCCACGGGGGUCAUCAUCAACUCGGACAAUGUCAAGGGCGGAUACGUCUCCGCGCCAAAGAAGAGCAAUACCCCCACUGGACUGUCACAACGCGGUGGUGGUUGCCCCAUGGCCAGGCUGUAG